AUGACGAGAAUAGAAAAAUUACUUUGCGCGCUUGCCUUAAUAUAUAUCCGACUUGACGAGCGGCACGAUGAGCUCUCUUCUGAUGCCAUUCGACCACUGCUUGGCUUUGAAGUCGACGAGUCGAACGCUGACCAAGACGACGACGACGACGAGUUCUCCUCGCCUGAAGAUGUAGAGGAGGCACUCGCAGCCAUAGAGGAGAUAUUCUUCUCGUGCUUGAAUAGAUUGAGGACACUGUCUAACACUGCAAGGAUGGAAUACAUAGACCGGUCAAUGGCUGAAAGAUUUAAGUCUGCCAUAUCCACCUCAAAUACACCGUCGGACGAGCCGCCAUCGAAGAGCGAGCAUCAAUACACGUCAGAGUCAGACCUCGAAUUCGAAAACGAAGCACUCAGGUCAUCGAUAGAGCGAACUAAAUCUCAUCCUGACAAACACUCAGCUCAACAUCUCUCCGAGGUCGAUCUCGGGCCAUCGGCCGCGAAUUUUAACCUAACCAGAACAUCAGCAGCACUUACUGGUCAGUCUCUCGAUCACUCCGCCCCAACCAAAGGACGGAGGAGGAAGCCUCGUCUGGGCCGCAAUGGCAAGCCGCUUCGACCACGUCCUCGAAAAGGCCCAGAUCCGGAAGACAUCGAGCGCGCUGCACUGGUCGAGCAAGUCCUGCACGAGAACGGGUAUGGCACUUACGAUGCAGCAGAAGAGAUUGGUGUUGGCAGAAGGACAGGACAGGACGAGGCAGCUGAUGAAAAGAUAGCAUCUGAGUUUCAGCAGCAGUUCCUGGAUGCAAUUGCGGAGAGAAAAGAGAGGCAGCAGAAGCAAAACCAAGCUGCUGGUUCUAACAAAGACACGAGUGCUACUAUCAGUCAAGGUCCAAGAUUAGGAGGCAGUAGGAGUGCUAGGGCAAGGAUGGCUGCAGCGCAGACAGCGAACACGAUGGAGAAGAAGUGA